AUUCUAAACACAGAUUUAGCUGCAGCUAAAUUGACAUUGCUAAUAAAAUGUCUAAUUCCAAAAUACAAAGUACCCGAGAAAGUAGUAAAGUCUAUGAUUACUUGGUGCUUAUCUUCAUUAAACAAUCUGCCAUUUACUGUUAGUACAGUUAUCAUACAAUGGGUCAUAGGUUUGUGGAAUUAUGAAUUAGUAGAUAGAAAAGUGAUCAACAUAUAUUAUGAUGUUUUCUUCUAUACUAUGCUCAAGAAACAGAAACUGGAACAUCAAAUAGCGCGUCUUAUCUACAUGCUAACAAAACCAGAAGAUGUUUCUCGUAGAGAUGUUAUGAGAUUAUUAACACUUCAAAAAAAUUAUUCUAAACCUCCAACACACAUUAUUGCGUUACUUUCAUUAUUUAAGUCAUAUAAACCAGAAUUAGUUCCUGAAAAAAUACAAUCAGUGAAUGUAGAAAGUGUAUGGAAACCUAUACCUGAAUCCAUGAGAUUAGCGUUAGAAGAUGCUAGGGAUCGUGCAGAAAUUCAAUCUCAUCAAAACAGUCAAGUUUAUUUUAAUUGGAACAUACAGGGUACAAAAAUUCAAAAGAAGAAACAAGCGCUUUUACCAUCUGUUGGUUAUUUUCACAUUGGCUCAAGUAUUUUUAAAGAUAAAUAUGCAAAGUCGAUUUUUAAUAUAAGCAGCAUAGAAGAAUUAGGAAAGUAUCAUCAAAAUGUUGAAUUGCCUUGUAAUGCUGUUUCACUUUUAGCAAAUAUGGUUGGUUAUCAUCUUCUUACUUAUGCUGACUUUCAAUACCAAAGUAGAUUUUCAUACAAUCUUUACAAUACGCUUAUAAGAGCAUUUAUAUUGGAAAAUGGAAAAUUUUCCGAUGAGGAAAUGGAUAAAUUUCUCACUAUGACAAUUGAAUUUUCUCGAUAUAUGCAAGAAGGAAUACUUAUAAUUAAAUUAUUCUUUGAUGAAUAUUUAUAUUUUAAUACAGGAGAACAUCUAUUAAAGUUUCUUGAUUUGUUACAAUGGAUGACUUCUAUUUCAGUAACUGAAUUACAAGAAAACAUUUUGAUACAUGUGGAGAAUAUAUUUUAUGAAUCCAAUUUAACCAUAAAAUGUGAAAUAAUUAAAUCCUUACAAAAAUUAAUUACAAACUUGGUAAGGAUUGCAUAUUAUUUUUUCAAUAUGUGUAACCAUAUGUAUCUUAUAAUGAAUGAUUAGAAAAUUUUUAUAAGAAAAA